AGUGCACAGGCGGCUCUGCAGCAGCAGCAGCAGCAGCAGCAGCAGGGCAGAGUCACCGAGAGAGGCUUCCCAGCAGCUUCCCAGCCACUUCGGGCAAAACUUGAUGCUCCGCUGCUUUUUUUUUCUCCUCUCCUCCUUCCUCCUUUUCCUGGGAAGCGUCACGCUCGCCGUGUGUGUGUGUGUGUGUGUCUGUCAGAGGGAGGAAAGAGCCGAGCGAGCUUCCCUGCACCAAGCAGCCGCACUUGAGCGAGACGAGCCAGGAAAAGGGGGCUUUACAAACAAGCACAAUUGCAGAUCUCGCCCGGAGUGGCGGUCCAGGGAAACUACUGACUCGGAUCGUCUCUCGUUUGCAACCCGGACUCUGCUUCCAUUAAAAUCAAUCCUUCUCCAGCGCUGCAUUUGGACAUUUAUUUUGGGAUUGGUGCUUUUUUAUUUUUAAGAGAUCUUUCUUCUCUCCCCCCCCCCCCCAUUCCGCAGCUAUGGAUGUAAUUCCGAAUCGGCGGUGGUAAUUCACGUGGGAAGAAGAUCCAGUUACAUCUCUUCCCUUUUCCCACCCCCUUCUGCCUCGGGUAUAUAUCCAUGAGGGGGGAGCCUUAGAAUAAUCGCCUUCGGGACACGGACACACACACACAGCCAGCAGCCAACCUUUGUGCUCACCUUUGAACUGGGGAGGAAAAGGGGGAUGAAGUUCAGCGCUGCUUUCGCUGCAUUGGGACGGCAAGGAAGAAGCAAGGGAGCGAGCGAGAGACUGCAAUCUCAUUUGUGAAUCGCUCUCCCUAGUGCUGCAGCCUCCGAUUGCUCUAACACAUGCAGUGUAAAUGCAGGUAAGACGCACACGCACACCAACUGCGGAUGCAAAAAAACAAACUUGGGACUGUUGUAUCGUGUGUGUGUGUGCGCGCGCGCGCUCGCGAGACCGGGGGGAAAGAGAUCUAUCUAUGUGCAUUCCCCUCCAUCCUUGUUGCAUUCCGGACGAACAUCUCCUGCAGAUUUUGUACCAUGUUGCUUUGUGACCAAUGACCUUGCGCAGAGUUUUGUUUUUUUUAAAAUAUACGGUAUAUUAAAGAAGAACUCUCCUCUCUCUAGAAAGACCUGAACAUUGGAGGCGAUCUCUUAAAGAUGGAUUUAGGCGCUAUCCUGACAACCAAAGGGGAUUUCUUGAGAACUGAUCUGUAAUACAAGGCAGACGAAGCAAUCCUCCCAAAUAUCUAUACAGCUGUCGCAUCACUGGAGACUGGGCAUAUUUUUUCCCCCUCUCUUUAUUUUGGGGCUAUUUUUACUCUUCCCCCAUUCCAUCUUUAGCUAAGAGGAUUUGGAGGCUGCCUUGUCUUUUUCCUUUCCGCCGGACACCAGCGCUCUCUGAAUGAAGCAAUUUACAUUCCACCCGCCCUCCCACCCCUUCGUCGGCGUGUGUAUGCGGAGUGGAGGGGGGAGAGAGAAACAGAAGAGCUAAUUCCACGGCGGUGGCAAACGGCUAGGAAGAGGCAGGCAGGCAAGCAGGCAGAGAGGAAAGAGUGCGAAUUGAACUGGACUGGAGUAAAAAAGAAGGCGGCGGGGGAGGGGUUGGUUGCAUCAAAUCCCUCGCUGCUGCUGCUGCUCUUGCUUUUCUUGCAAACCUUGCAAAGUGAUUACAGUGCCAUCGGAGGGGGUGGAGGAGAAGGAGGAGGAGGAAGAGGCGGAACUCCCCCCCCUCCUUCAUCCUAUCUGCCGAGAUGAAUCUUUAAAAAAGCAAAAUACACUUGCCCGGUGAACUGUGAGUAUAGAGCAACUGCAAAAGGAAGGGGGGAACGAGAGGUGGGGAAGAUCCGCCAGCCAACCCCAGAUCCCCUCCCUCCUCCUCCCCUUCACCCUUUUUUUUGCGCCAGAUGGGAUGAGACCCGAAGUUUUCUGCAGAAGCAGGAGGAUUUUAUAAUUGAUCACCACCCUCAUCACCUCCAUCCUUCCCUCCACCCCCACCCCCCGCCAAACGCCGAGGCAUCUUCUUGUUGGCUUGCCAAGGGGGGCGUUUAUUGGCACGGGUGGGCAGAGGAAGGUGGUGGUGGUGGGGUCUUUCAUUGGGUGCUCAAGAAGAUGUGGAAGAUGCGGACGCUCCUGGGCUUUGUGCAGUGCUGCUACUGCUGCUGCUGCUUCUUGCUCUUGCUGCCGCCUCCGCUUUGGGUCAGCCUGGCGGCGGCUAAGCAAGUGCUGAGAUACCGGCUGGCCGAGGAAGGACCUGCCGACAUCCGCAUCGGCAACGUGGCUUCGGACCUGGGCAUCGUGACGGGCUCGGGCGAGGUGACGUUCAGCCUGGAGUCCGGCUCCGACUACCUGAAGAUCGACAACAUGACGGGCGAGUUGAGCACCACCGAGAGGCGCAUCGACCGCGAGAAGCUGCCGCAGUGCCAGAUGAUCUUCGACGAGAACGAGUGCUUCUUGGACUUCGAGGUGUCCGUGAUCGGCCCGUCGCAGAGCUGGGUGGACCUCUUCGAAGGCCGGGUCAUCAUCCUGGACAUCAACGACAACACCCCUACCUUCCCCUCCCCCGUGCUCACCCUUACCGUCGAGGAGAACCGCCCCGUGGGCACCCUCUACCUGCUGCCCACUGCCACCGACAGGGACUUCGGGCGCAACGGCAUCGAGCGCUACGAGCUGCUCCAAGAGCCCGAUGGGGGCCGACGGGGCGGGGGGAGUUCGGCUUCUGCCACCUCCGACAGCGCCCUCUACCCCGGGGGCGGCAAGAGGAGGCAAGAGGCCGACGGCGGGGCCCGGAGCAGCGUGUUUGAGCUGCAGGUGGCGGACACCCCCGAUGGCGAGAAGCAGCCCCAGUUGAUCGUCAAAGGGGCGCUGGAUCGGGAGCAGCGGGACUCGUACGAGCUGACUCUGCGGGUGCGCGACGGCGGAGAUCCGGCGCGCUCCUCGCAGGCCAUCUUGAGAGUGCUUAUCACCGACGUGAACGACAACAGCCCCCGCUUCGAGAAGAGCGUCUACGAGGCCGACCUGGCUGAGAACAGCAGCCCCGGCACCCCGAUCCUGCAGCUGAGGGCGGCGGACUCCGACGUCGGGGUGAACGGCCAGAUCGAGUACGUCUUCGGGGCAGCCACCGAGUCCGUGCGCCGCCUGCUGCGCCUCGACGAGUCGUCGGGCUGGCUCAGCGUGCUGCACCGCAUCGACCGCGAGGAAGUGAACCAGCUCCGCUUCACCGUCAUGGCCAGGGACCGCGGGCAACCCCCCAAGACGGACAAGGCCACGGUGGUGCUCAACAUCCGCGACGAGAACGACAACGUGCCCACCAUCGACAUCCGUAAGAUCGGGCGCAUCCCGCUGCGCGACGGCGUGGCCAGCGUGGCCGAAGACGUCCUGGUGGACACCCCCAUCGCCCUGGUGCAAGUGUCCGACCGGGAUCAGGGCGAGAACGGCGUGGUGACCUGCACCGUGGUGGGCGACGUGCCUUUCCAGCUCAAGCCGGCCAGCGAGGGUGAAGGGGAGCCCCAGAACAAGCGCAAGUAUUUCCUGCACACCUCGGCGCCUCUGGACUAUGAGGCCGUGCGAGACUACAACGUGGUCAUCGUGGCCGUGGACUCGGGCAGCCCCAGCCUGUCCAGCAACAACUCCCUGCUGGUGCGCGUCGGGGACACCAACGACAACCCGCCCGUUUUCAGCCAGGCCGUGCUGGAGGUAUCCUUCCCGGAGAACAACGCUCCCGGAGAGCGCGUGGCCACGGUGAUAGCCACGGACGCCGACAGUGGCAAGAACGCCGAGAUUGCCUAUUCCCUGGAGCCUUCCCCGCUCUCUGCCGAGUCUCCCGGAGGCCUCUUCACCAUCGACCCCGAUUCCGGGGACGUGCGCGUCCAGGCCGUUUUGGAUCGCGAGCAGAGGGACACCUACGAGUUCCAGGUGACGGCCCGGGACAAAGGGGUCCCGUCGCUGCAGGGCUCCACCACAGUGGUGGUGCGCGUGGCCGACCGCAACGACAACGAGCCGCGCUUCAUGCAGGACGUGUUCACCUUCUACGUCAAGGAGAACCUGCAGCCCAACAGCCCAGUGGGCAUGGUGACAGUGAUGGACGCCGACAAGGGGCGCAACGCGCAGCUCAGCCUCUCCAUACAGCCCGGGGACCAAGGGCAAGGCGCGCCGGGCAUCUUCUCCAUCGAGAACGACACGGGCACCAUCUAUUCGACGGUCUCGUUCGACCGCGAGCUGCAGACCAGCUACACCUUCAAGGUAAAGGCCGUGGACGGAGGAGAGCCGGCCCGUUCGGCCACGGCCACCGUGUCGCUCUUCGUCAUGGAUGAGAACGACAACGCGCCCGUGGUCACGUCUCCGGCCAACAGCUCCUACACGGUGCUGCCGCCGUCCAGCAACGUGCGCUCCGUGGUGACCACGGUGCAGGCCAAAGACGCGGACGCUGGCCAGAACGCGGAGCUGAGCUAUAGCAUCGUGGGCGGCAACCCGUUCAAGCUGUUCGAGAUCGACCCGUCGAGCGGCGUCGUGUCUCUGGUGGGCAAGCUGGCGCCCAAGCACUACGGCCUGCACCGCCUGGUGGUGCAGGUCAACGACAGCGGGCAGCCUCCGCAGUCCACCACGGCGCUGCUGCACGUCUUCGUCAACGAGAGCCUGGCCAACGCCACCGUCGUGGAGAGCCAAGUGGCGCGCAGCCUGCACACGCCGCUGGCGCACGACAUCGCCGGCGACCCCAGCUACGAGUUAAGCAAGCAGCGCCUCAGCAUCGUCGUGGGCGUGGUGGCCGGCAUCAUGACCGUGGUCCUGCUCAUCCUGGUGGUCGUCAUGGCGCGCUACUGCCGCUCCAAGGGCAAGCACGGCGGCUACGAGGCCGGCAAGAAGGACCACGAGGACUUCUUCACGCCGCAGCAGCACGACAAGGCCAAGAAGCCCAAGAAGGACAAGAAAGGCAAGAAGCAAGGCAAGCAGCCCCUCUACAGCAGCAUCGUCACGGUCGAGGCUUCCAAGCCCAAUGGGCAGCGCUACGACGGCGUCAACGAGAAGCUGUCCGGGGACAGCCCCAGCAUGAGCCGCUACCGCUCCGUCAACGGCGGGCCCGGCAGCCCGGAUCUGGCCAGGCAUUACAAAUCCAGCUCGCCUUUGCCCACGGUGCAGCUGCACCCGCAGUCCCCCACCGCCGGGAAAAAACACCAGGCCGUCCAGGAACUGCCCCCGGCCAACACCUUCGUAGGCGCUGGGGACAACAUCUCCAUCGGCUCGGACCACUGCUCCGAGUACAGCUGUCAAGCCAGCAGCAAGUACAGCAAGCAGGUAAGGCGGAUGGAGGCAUGCAGGGGUGGGAGGGGGUGGGUUGGUGGGGAGAAGGGUGGGGGGAGCUCACCCCCUUUACACCCUUCAUAGCCGUUCACAGGCACAGGCUCGCCUGCUGCUCCUCUCCCACAGGCAGUCAAGCCCCAGCCCACACCGGUUUUACAACCACUCACCGCCAGAAUCUGCCUUUAGGAUCAGGUGUUUAUUUUAUGAAUUAACAUUUCCUCAACUAAGAAUCACAGGAGCACCAAUGCAAACAGAAUUUCUGUUCCCAAUGUUAAGGUGCCUUUUAGUAUGACGAUCCACCCUGGUUGUGAGGAUGACAGACAGCCUGUUUGAAAAGCUUUAAGACUAAACUGUUAAUCUAGAUGAAAGGGAUACUUGCACUCAGACACACCUGCUAUUACUCCUCCUACACUUACACACACAUGCAGCCACUUCUCUAAUUUACACCUGUUCUUCCCCUCCCUUUUACAGUCACGCUCACACCUACACACAACAAGCUUCCCAGUGCCUUCCCAGUACCAUUAGUCUGAAAUAAUUAGAACUCUAAAGAACCAAAGUCACUAACACUAAUGCUGAUUGGAAGAAUGGACAUGCAUUUAUGGUCAAAAAUCAACUUCCUUUCUCAACUUUUACAUACACCAGCCUUGAGUGGAUGGGAUAGUUAAAGCCAAGUGUGUUAAUAGUAAACAAUAAUUUCAGUUAAAUGAUUUUCAAAGGCAUAGUCAGACCUGCCAUAGCCCUCCCAUAUUUCACAGCUGUUGAAGGCUCACCACCCAUCACACAACUAUCUGUCCUAAGCAAGUUUUCCCACUGUAUUAUACACCACAGCCACUAUAGUGGCUCGCUCUUUCUUUCUUUCUUUCCAACACACACACACAGCCAGAAACUUAAAUUUCUGCACGCACAAUCCCAUCUCUUGCAUCUAAUCCAACAUACUCUUAUUAAGGAAUAGGAAUAUAUGCAAAAUAUCAUAUAUAUAUAUAUAUAUAUAUAUAUAUAUAUAUAUAUAUAACCCAAAAUAUUCUGGUUCAAUGAUUUGGAGAGUCAUUUUGGAAAAUAUAGUAAGGAUCACUUCAUACAGAACAGAGCAAUUAACAUGCACUGCUGAGCAAAAAAACCCACCUCCUUUUGCUAUUCCUGAAAUACCCUGCUUAUUAGUAGGCCAAGAUAAUUGAAGUAUGAAGAGGAAACUAUUAAUUUCAGUUAAAUGAUCAUCGGACUGUGCCUUCACACUGUUUGGCAGCACACACACACUGACACACAUAAUGGAACGAAAGAAUUAGCAAUGUAGGAAGUCAGAGAUGUCUCCAGCCUUCAGUUCCACUCCACCCCCUUUCCCCCUUCUCCCAUUUAGUCACACAUCCAACUGGCACAGAGCCAUAAAUGGAAACAGACACACAAUUGUGCCUACCUACAAUUGCAUGUGCACAUGUGAGCGCACACAAGGGGGAUGGGGCGACACCACACAAGCACACAGAAACGCAUUCAAAGGCUGCAAAGCAGACAGGGCCAGCUGGAGUGCAAAGCAGCCCAUCUACUUGCUGGGUCCAUUAGAUGCUUUUGAGAGGAAUCCCUGAAUGAGCAUGUGGAUCUGAGAAUUCCACUGUAGCAUCCUCUGCAAGAAUGCAAUGGAUGCUGGAGUGUGCUUCUCAAUCUGUGAAAUUUAGAGUGGGAUUGGGGGGUGGGAAUCUAUUGGGCUGGUGCUGCAAGUAGCUAAAAGCUCAUCAACAAACACAAGAAGCCUCCGCUCUGUGGCUCCCCAUCCCCAUCCCAAACAUCAGUUAAAUAGAUUAGGUACAGUCACUUGCCCUAACAACAGUGAGAAAAUAAUGGUAUGGAUACCUCUCUGCCUUCACAACCCAGGAGUUGCAGUCAGGUGAAGGCAUUAGGCUCACUAAAGUUUCCAAGUCCAGAUCCUGAGAACGCUUCCAUACCUUUUGUGCAUGAAACGUUCUUCCAGGUGCAACUUCUCACCACUUUCCAUGAGGAAAGCAGCACCUGUUGAUACCACCCGCUUCUUUGUGACUCCUAACAGGUACAGGAAGCAUGCCAAGAUCUUGGCACUAGGAACCCUCUUUCACAUAUCACUACUGCCCGAAAGCAAAUGAGCUCUCAUCAUAUGCAGCCCUGCAUACAAGUAGAUAGUAGCAAGUAUCCUGUAGAAGCGAAAGUGAACCCCGUUUCCCAGCUAUAUUGUCACUCUAGCCUCACUCACAUGGGCUUGGUUAAUCCCAAACAGCUUUUUUUGUUACAAGGUUUUGUUCGCACUGUGGUUACUCUUGGAGAGGAAACUGUUGCAAGCCACUAGAGGUAGACACCCAGCCAAAAACAGGCCCAUUGAAGUCUGCUGUACUCUGACACUUUUAACAUUGUCAAGGGCUAGGCAGUGAGAAAGAGAACAGUUUACCAUUACAGUAGGUAUGAUUUUCUACAUAACCAGGGUGUUUUAAUCUAAUGGGCUUUGUAGUUGUGAGGUUGGAAAGCAACUGACACUAAACACAAAUGUUAAGCACACCAAUUCUAAUAGGACUAAUGCAAUACAUGCAUUAAAAAGAUGCAAGGAAAGAGAGAAUUAACUCUUGCCGAAACACUUUUUUCAUUUGUUUGGGAGGGAUGCUAAAAACGAUCAGGAUUAAGAUCUAUCCCUUCUAUCUCUUCCUUACAAAUCCAUAAGACACUACUCUACAUACAGCCCUACCUGUUCUGUGAUACCUUCCAGCAAGCGGAGUUUUGAAAUAGGUUACUACAAAUGUGUGGCACCUGCACUUUAAGCUUAAAACUUAGAUGUGAUGCAAGGGACUGAUUCUGAAUCUGCACCCCUAAAAGAGAAGCACUGUUGAAUUUCUCACACUGUGAACCAUUCAUAGGUAUUUGAAAAACAAAUUUCCGUGCCUUUGGUUGUGACCUACUGUUAUAGAACUAUCUAUUUUGUUUUGAAUUAAGGUGGUUUCUCUCUGCUUUUAGCUUGUUGGGAGGUUGUAUGCAAAGCAAACCGUUUAACAGUUAGCGCUGUUAGAGCCAAGCUAGGGUAAAUAUUGUGUUAUCUCAAGCUGCAUAGCAUCUUGUGUGGAAUUCCAUUAUAGAGAAAUGCAUGCUGAUGAAUGCAAAUACAAUGUUCGGUCACGAAUGCAGACACCCUGGUUAGUGUGACAAAAAGAGUGUGUGUGUUUGCUAUCUCAUUCUUAAAUGUGCAAACUUGGUUCAAAAACCAAUUUGAUAUUGUGGGGUUUGUUAGCUUGCUUCGCUUGGACCUUUUUAAUACGCAACCUGGUUUUUUGCAUUAUGUUGGAGACAAUAUGAUGUAUUUUGGUGGAAGCAUCUUGCAUGAGCUAUUUGUAAUUUGUGCCGAACAAAAGCAGUUUAUGUGAAGAAUUUUGUGUUUUCCUCCCCACCAAAUAUUGAGGAGUGUAUAGAAAGAUGAAAUUCAAAAAUGUAUGCAGUUUUGCUUCCUACACAGAGCAUUUGACCUUUAUUUUGUUUUGCCACACUUCAAUGUUAGUUUCUCUUAGAACAUUUAACUGCAAUUUGGAAAUCAUUGCCUGAACUUAUGUUUUUCCUUACAGACACACACACACACACACACACACACACACACACACACACACUUCUACCAAUGUUGAAUUAUGAUGUAAAAGGCAAUAGCCUCCCACUCUUUUAGUAGCAAUGAUAGUAAGAUAUGGAGUGGUCACUAAAUUAAUCAGAUAGUGAUUGCUAAAUGGUCAUCUUAAAAUUAUUUAAAAAUUGUGAGUAACAGUAUUGCUAGCUGUUAAUCAGAUCAGAUUGUGUCAAUCAUUUAGUGUGUAGAAGAGUACAUUGACAUGCAUUUUUGUGCCAAAACAAUUUUGAAUUGGAUUUUGUUUACUCAAAACAUUUUGCCAGAAUAUGUUUAAGAUGCAGGAUACUAGAGAAGACCAUUAGAGGAAAGUACGCAUUUCACCUCUGAAAGCCAGAAAUGGGAUGGAACGCCCUUUUGAGUUCUACUUUUGCUUUCUUCUGUUGACUUUAAGAGAACCCAAAAGGGAGCUCUUUAUCCAGACAGUACCAGGUGGAUAGUUAUUUACAGACUUUGUACCUCCGUACGAAUAUAUAUAUAUAUAUAUAUAUAUAUAUAUAUAUAUAUAUAUAUCCUAUUUCAAAGAUUGCUUUAAAAGACAACAGGAUGUUGGUACUAUUGUACGCAAUAUUCUUGUUCCAAUAACAUUAUUCACAUUGUAGCUGUAGUUUUCAUUGGGCAGAUUCAUAAAGGUAUGUGCAACUCUUCAGCACACAGAUAACUAGCUCUAAAAUGCUCUGUCCUCAAGAGCGGAUACCAAGGCGAAAGUAUGGUGGUUCUAGUUAGUUGCAGUUCCUUCUGAAUUCUAUCCAGAAGAGCCUAUCCCUUAGUUGAUGCAUUCAAAGUCAAAGCGGAGCUCAGUUCUGGAAAAUCAUAAUAGUCUAAAACGUCUUGACAAUUAGUGCUUUCCAGAAUUGGUUAUCACCCAAUUCUAUAUAACACAGAGCAGGAAAAUGCCCGAUUUGCAUAGUAGCAAUUUUUGAAAUAUGCUUUACUGAGCGCAGUCCAAUCUUGCCUUAAUUGUUGGCCCCCAAAUUCCAUAUGAAGAACAACUGCUGAUAUUCCUGAUACAGAGUACAGCUUAUGAAAAAGAAACCCAUUGUUUUUAAGUUUCCAAAAUUUUAAUGGAGUUUCAAUCAGAGCCCCAGAUUUCAAUGCCAUAGAGCAUUUGAGUCAGCAGUUUACUACCAAAUAUCUUGAGGGCAGGUUCGAUCAGCUGCCCUCCCUUAUUGUAGUAAAAGUUCAUCAAUGCCCCUAUAGUUUUCUGUGCUUUGACUUUCCCUGCCUCCAUAUGACACUUUCAAUAAAAGGUUUAAUUAAAGAGUACACUCAGGUAUCUAAAUGAACAAGUUUGUUCUAUAGUCUUCUGAUCCAAGCACCAUCUAUACCGAGGGCUGAGGCUGCUAAAAAUCGCAAUCUUGACCUUAGAGUAAUUUAUAGAUUUUUUGUUUACUGAACAAGUGCUGAACACCUCCAAGAGAUUUUUGAAGCCCAAUAGGAAAGGAGAGGAGCACCAAACAAUAUAACAACAACAACAACAACAACAACAACAACAACAACAACAAUAAGCCACCCAUCUGACUGGGUUGCCCCAGCCACUCUGGGUGGCUUCCAGCAAAUUAUAAAACCACAGUAACACAUCACACAUUAAAUAACAUUGCAGUUCUGCAAUAUUGAGGCAUAGGGGGUGAAGUAGAACACACACACACACACACACACACACACACAGUGUUGUGAAGUGCAAUGCAGAAUAAAAACAGCCAUUGAAAGCUGACUUGAUUCUCAAUGACAUUUUCUUAUCCCUCCCCCCAUUUUGCAUAAUGAGCCUAACAGGUGGGGAGUUAUAUAAAUAGUAUGUGAACUUUGCAGUCCUCAAAGAAUGCCAUUUGAGCACUGGUUGAUUUAUCAGUCACAGCUUUUACAUCUUCACAAAUACUUAACCAGAUGGCAUUAAUGUUCAUCACCUUGUUGAAAAAGAAUGUGUGUGUGUGUAUGUGUUUCUAAUACAUCAUCUAUUGUCUAGGUGUAUUAAUCAUAUCCUAAGUAUGGACUUGAAGUAUGGAAAAGAAAGAGACUCCUGGUUUUUUUAGCUGACACUUGUAUGCUUUACUCGGCCCACAAAGUAACAUUUGUUUCAUAUGGGUGAUUAUAACACUUCUUUGACUGUAGAUCAAAGGGCAAUCCAAGCAGUGCUUAAGUUGAAGUACCAUGAAUGAGAUACAUUAAUGUAAUUAGAAUCAGUAAUUGAUACUAUUCAGUGACUGCAACAUUGUUGUCAGGAAGUCCCGUCUCAGGUUACAGGACUGUAUUACUUGGUGAAGACAGAUGACUGCAUCUGUGAGAUCUUUCAGUGACAUCUCCCCUUCUCCUCCUCCUCCUUCAACAAACCAGCCUAUAAUUUGAGUAGCCCAACAUAUGCAUCCUUCAUGAUCCUAAAGGCAUUUUCCUCAAUCCAGAGAAAGUUAUUUGCACUCAAAUUUUGUUUUGAAAUCCGUGGGACUUUGGGAUUAAACCCAGAGGAAAUAUCCAUACCCACUGCCUUGUGGAACAUCUUCAGGAAAAGAAAGGGCUAAGGAUUAAACCCUACACAAAUUGGUAUGGAGUCUCUAAGAAAGUUGCAUGCUGUCUUUCUAUGCCUCCUUUGAGCAACUCAUGCAGCCAAGCUGGUGCUAAAUGCUGAAUGGACCACAUCAGCCAGGCCGAGAGGGGAGUCUUGUCAUCUGGGCAGCCCAGGACUUCCAUAUACAAUGCCCAGGUUUGCACCCUGGAAACGUCACUAGGCAGUUUAUCUUCACUCCCAGAGGUGCACUCCAUUGUCUCUCGAGACAGAUGGGUGCCAACAACUGCGUAAACAUUUCAUCCUUCUAGGAGCAGCCAGAAGAGAGGGUGGCUGCCACAUACCAUGCUAUAUACUAUAUACUUGGAUGCUGGUGGGAUAGGGCAGGAUGGUGGUGUGGCGGGGGCUGUUUAAAUGCAUUGUCAAAGUCAAUUCAGCCUUCCCACCAGUUUGCCCCAACCUCACAGACCUCACCUCUCUACUACUCCCUCAGUGUCCUGAUGUGCAGGAGUGCUGGUGCUCCUGAGAGGUCAGGUUUGCAACAAUGCUCCUCUCAAUUGGUCACCUGCAUUUACACACACCCACACACCCACACACCAAGCCUGUACACAGUUAUAAAUGAUGCUUUAGAAUGAUUUUGCGUUUAGUAGACUUUUCUACAACAAAAUGGUGCAACCCCUAUGCAAAUGUGUUUGAUACCAGGAUACCAGGCACAAACUUCAUCUUAUUCUCAAAGGUGCUAUGAUUUAAAUAAGUUUAGAAUGCAAAAUUGCACAUGCUGAGGUUUGUUUGCUUGUUUGCUUUUAAGUCAGGAUUGGCAAACUUCUGCUUUUUCGCUGUAACUUCUCGGUAACGCAGAAGCCAUUGUAAUGCAUGGAAUUGCAGUGGAGGAAGUAGACAAAUGUUUAUGGUGUGCUUCAUGAGUGAAAUCAUACACCUGGCUAUCAAAAGGAGGUCCCUGGAAGACCGCUAAGUUCAGGCUCUGAAAUUACCUAGCUGUACCACUGAGAGUGUUGCCCCCUUCUCAGAGAAAAGAAUCCCAGUGAGGACUUGGUUGGAGGUGAUUGGCAUUGUUGCUUUUUCAUUUUGGUCCUUGUAAAAUGCUCAACCAUCUAGACUAUUUGGACUCCCAAGGAUCAAUAUAAACAGGAAUUAUUAAAAUGUCUGACAUGUAGCAGUGGUUGCAAAUUUAUGCAGUGUUCUUUGUAUUCCCCUUUGCUUUCAUAAUUCAAUAGGGUAAUGAAAUAUACAAGGUGGCAUUUUUUGUAUAGUUCUUUCACUGCAUUUAUCACAAGGAUUUGCAGGUGGUAACCUCCACUACUUUUGUCUGGAGAAUUGACUCAUUGGUUUUUUUAUUUGCUUAUCAUCCUCACCCAAUUUUCUUGCCACUAUACAUGCAACCAUGAAUGGGAGGCUAUGGUCUUAAUGGUUCUUUCCCCCGCUUUCUCCCCCAAAACAGAUGCCACCUUCCAUUUCCUUAAAAAAGGCACAGUAAGCCUUUAUGAACUGUAUCAUCUCUGCUUGGAGUGCAUUGUUGCCUAGCUGUUUAUUAUCUUUUAUGACUGACUCAGACACUUUUGCUAUUUGGAAAACAUCCUUCGUAUGGAAGGAGAAUGCUAUCGUGUCUGUAGGGCUGCAAAGCUUCACUUCUGAAAGAAUGCAAUUUGCAAAAAAGAAGAAGAAGAAAUAAAUAGAAAAUUCUUUUUAGAAUCUGCUUGGUAUGUUGUUUGGUUAGUUUAUUCAGUUUAUCAUAUACCAAGCAAACUCUUGCAUGGCGAGGAUACGGCUAUCCUACAUUCAAACAAUGUUAUUGUUUAUUAAGAAAGGAAAAGAGGUCUAUUCCUCCAUCAAUAUGCAUUUGGAAUCUCCACUGAUGUGAAUAGGAGCUAAUCUCAGCAUUAGAAGGAGAAUCAGUGUUCAAAAACAGAGCUAAACUUUCCAGGCAUAGUUUUCCUUCAUGCAACAUAUAUACAUAUAGCUGUGUACCAAGAAUAAGAACAAAAGCAAUAAUUGCAAGACGUUUCAAAAAAUUGGUCAUGGCAUCUGCCUUGAAUAAUCUUCUCAAAUGCAUUUAAAGUACUAGAUUUAAUUUACAAUGGGACUAAAGAAGGCUUACUUCAAGGACGCAAACUUUAAGAGAUUUUAUGGGUGACAUUGUUUGCAGAGUCACCAAAACUGAAGCCUAAGCCACCCUGGCUAGCGAUGCCAUUUCACAUUUCGGUAGGAAGAACAAUGAAGUUUGCAUGUGAAUUUGCAGGUUUAAAGGUGUGCUCACUAAAUAUUAAAUUGCAAAACAAGCCGAGUAUUUAAUUAGCAUUUUUGAGGAGUGGCAUGUUUAUAUCUUAGCUGUAACUAUAGCUUUGCUGCUAACUAUGUCUUUGCCUUGCUGCUCUAAGGGACAACCCAGUCCAUGCUCCAGGCAGCCCUUCCGUGUGUGUGUGUGGGGGGGGGAAUAUACGAAGAGAGGAGGUUGGAAGGAGUUGUGCAUACAGCAGCAGCAUGUGAGGGAUGGAGAGGGAAGGUGUUUGUUUUUAUUAGUUCAGGGAAAACAUGUUUAAAUGGAUUAUUCAGAAAGAUAACUAACCAGUGUACAUAAUAAUAUAAUUAUAAAAAAAUAAGCAAAACUUUAAAAAUACACAAAAUAAUUAUCAGUGAAAGAGAUUAUAUAUAGAAUACGUCUGGGUAAAGGUAAAGGUAAAGGGACCCCUGACCAUUAGGUCCAAUCAUGGACGACUCCGGGGUUGCGGUGCUCAUCUCGCUUUAUUGACCGAGGAAGCCGACGUACAGCUUCUGGGUCAUGUGGACAGCAUGACUAAGCCACUUCUGGCGAACCAGAGCAGCGCACGGAAAUGCCGCUUACCUUCCCGCCGGAGCGGGAAAAAUAUUCCUGCAAUACAGGGAGUUGAACUAAAUGACCUUCACGGUCCCUUCCAAAUGUACAAAUCUAGGAUUCUAGGAUUAGUGAUGCCACACUAAAACAUAUCUCAAUUCCUAGCAAACAUGGAGUGCAUGUUAUCUGGCAUAUGUACUAACAGUGCAAGUUCCACCGACUGAAGCUGUCAAAUGGGGCAAGACAAUGCCUCAAAUAAUGUGGUGUGUAGACCAAGUGAGUUGUUAAGAAAUACAGAUGCUCACCUAAGGUUACCAGAUUUUUUUCAGUGAAUCCGAGGACACUUUUCAACUUCCUACUAAAUAGAUGGAUUUUGUCAGGGGACUGAUUUGUAAAUCCAGGGACUGUCCCCAGGAAACAGGGACAUCUGGUAACCUUAUGCUCACCAGGAGUCAGCUUGUGAUGAACCUUUGAUGUCAUCCAGUAAGACCUAACUCCAUCCCACUGAAAUCAGUGGGGCUUAAAGUAGGAUAGCUUAACAUUGCCUGAUUUGUGCUCAAAGUCUGGAAACUGUUUUACUAUACAACUACCUGUAUAACGAAGUUUAUGUAAAUUAUCCAUUACUAAGAAUUAUGCUCAACCUGAAUGCUUUUCUGUAAGCCCUGGUGUGCCUUCUUACUCCUAUCUCAGUACUCCUGCUGUCUGUUGAUAGUUUGGCUAGUUAAUUUUAUGGCAGGCAGUUCUGUGACCUGAAAUAAAAUCUUGGCUGCUUUAAAGCUUAUCUCAUAAAAUGUAGUGGGGUGUUAUCUCACCAUACAGUUGUGGCUCUUUUGCAUGUGAUAGUUGUAAACCAGUGAGACCAAAGGACAGGGGUUUAUGCUGGUAUGGAAUGUAUACCUAUGCAUGUCUACCCAGACGUAAGUUCUAUUGAGUUCAGUGGAACUUAUACCCAGGUAACUGAGUGCAUAGGAUUUCCUUUGCAAUCCACUAUACAUGCUUGAUUGGGCGUCAGUCCUAUUUAAGCAAAUGGGACAUAUAUCUCAAUAGAUAUGUACAGAGAAUCUAAUUUAGAUUGGACAUUUGAAUUUAGUAUGCACUGAUGUAAGUGCCCAGUCCUUCCAUCUAUACAUGGCCUGCCCUGAUCCAUGUCCUGAUCUUUUUAAUCAACAACAAAAGCCUGGGGAGGGCAAGUGGAGAGGAUUGCAGGGGCAGCAUUGAGUAGCAACCACUCAUUUUUUUACAUAAAAUUAAAAUUUCACUGUUUUAAAUGGUGUACUUGACAUGCUAAAUUCCAGGUGAUUGAUUUCAGGACAUUGGGUGCAUGUGUACAAGCACAUUAAUGACUUAUGUCUAUUGUUUUUACACCCCCCCUUUUCUUCUUUUUAAAAAUAUAAUACUAGUGUUUUGUACUGGAUUGAAGUUUCCCUGAAUUCUUGAAUUUAUUUGCAAUUUCUUCAAGGCAUUCUGCUUUUUUUUGUCUGUGUUAUUUUUGUGUGGGUAGCUGGAUUAUAAUAUUCAUCAGUCCCCCCCCCCAUGAAAUUGAUGUUUGUGAUACCUUCAAUAGUUUCUUAGAUUUUCAAAUGUGUCCUGAGCCCCAGAAGUGUGGAGACUCCUGGAAUAGUCUUGCACUUUAAUUUCUGUCAGUAGGUUUGAUGGUAGUCUGCUGGUUCAUUUAAUAAAAAUUGAAUUCUUAUUAUGGAGCAUUUUACAUAUUUGAUGCUCCUUAGGUGUGAUAUUCUCUUUUCUUCUGGAGAUGUAUUUUAUGUUUCUUUUUUAUACAAGUGAUAUAAUAAUAAUAAUAAUAAUAAUAAUAAUAAUAAUAAUACAUCAGUUAUAUAACACUCCUGAAAUGUUCGAGGUGUUUUUCAUGCACCAUCUCGGUAACCUUUGCAAGAACCCUGUGAGGUAGUUCAGAACUAUAAUCCUCAAAUGGUAGACUUCAGGUUCAGGCGGAAGGAAUCAAAUAUUGCUCAUCCCAUAUAAGAUGGAGUUUCAACCAGGGGGCUUUUCAGAACAUACUGUUAGCAAUUACAUUGCACUUGCUUUCCAAAAGUUAUGGGCAUGGAUGUCAAAAUUUGACUUUGAAAGUGAUGUAUUGCAGAACUGUAUUAUGACUGCAUAUACCAGCCUUUCUUCUGAUACCCUAAUUAGCAAGCCAUAUAUUGAAUUGUGAUGUGUUUUGCAUUUUUCUCCCGUGUUUGGAAAACCGAAUGUUGUGAUGAUGCAGGUGAAAUUUGUGGUGAAUUAUACCAUAAAUGGACAUACUAUGUUUCAAUAGGGCUGUAUUUAUUAUGAGUUUCUGCGAAACCUAGCCAUAAUUUGAUAUGUAGUGUCUAUCAUCAGGCUGAUAUAUCCUUUCACAUUCUUUAAACAGCUGGGUGUGUAACCGUACUAAGCCAAAUUAUUUAGAUUUAAGAAGCACGAGGCUGUUGUUGUUGCUUAGUCGUAUAGUCGUGUCUGACUCUUCAUGGACCAGAGCAUGCCAGACACUCCUGACCCCAUGGACCAGAGCAUGCCAGGCACUCCUGACCCCAUGGACCAGAGCAUGCCAGGCACUCCUGUCUUCCACUGCCUCCCGCAGUUUGGUCAAACUCAUGCUGGUGGCUUCGAGAACACUAUCCAAAGAUCUCACCCUCUGUCGUCCCCUUCUCCUUGUGCCCUCCAUCUUUCCCAGCAUCAGGUUCUUUUCCAGGGAGUCUUCUCUUCUCAUGAGGUGGCCAAAGUACUGGAGUCUCAGCUUCACGAUCUGUCCUUCCAGUGAGCACUCAGGGCUGAUUUCCUUCAGAAUGGAUAGGUUUGAUCUUCUUGCAGUCCAUGGGACUCUCAAGAAUCUCCUCGAACACCAUAAUUCAAAAGCAUCAAUUCUUCGGCGAUCAGCCUUCUUUAUGGUCCAGCUCUCACUUCCAUCCAUCACUACUGGGAAAACCAUAGCUUUAACUAUACGGAGAUUUGUUGGCAAGGUGAUAUCUCUGCUUUUUAAGAUGCUUUUAAGCACAAGGCUACAAUCCCUCAUUUGAUUUUUGCCUCUUACAGCACCUAUUUAUUAUGGUUGUUGUAUCCAUACUGCCUGAUCCCAGUAGCUAUCUGGUGUGGUGAUUUCCAAAGUCUACUCCUGGCCUCCGGGGACACAUGUCUUUUCCAUGUAGUUCCAUAAUUCCUAAGAUUGUGGUUUGGCAUGGGACUUGAUCUUGUAGCAAUAUAAUAGCUAAUGCACUGCAUAAUUAAUGUAAGAAUUGUCCCUUACUUGGAAGUAAGUUCUUGAAAAAAUCAAUUAGCCCUCUUCCAAAGAACAUGAAGUUUGAACUGGAAUGUUCUAAUAGUUCCAGCUGAUUUCAGUGGGAGUGAAAUGCUUUGGCUUAACUGAGUUGUGCAUCAAUUUAUAACAAUGGGCCCUUCUUUUCUAUGUAAAGUUAGCUUAAUUCCCCCCUCAUCUUUUUUGUUAUAGUUCUCUCUCUUUCUCUUUUGGAAAUGGGAAAAUGAAAAAGAGAGAGAGAGAGAGGACAAAGCCUUUUGGAAAGUGAAUAUUGUCCCCUUAUUAUACCACAUUUCAGAGAAUGGAAGCAUUGCAUUAGAACUUGCAUUUUGUAAAGAUCUGAAGUGGUAUCACUAAAACUAGUCUUAAUUAUAAUCUGUUCUAGUAAAGUAAUACCUAGAAAGAAUAAUAAAGGCUUACUAUUGUAUGAAAUAGCACGAUGUCUCUGUUCAACUGUAGGGUUACAAGAAUGACUCUGACUUUAAUACAAGAGUCUGAGUGGCAGCUUAAUUUCUAUUGACCAUAUAAUUUCCUUAAAGGUGACUUGCAAACUCAAAAUUACACAGUUCAGGUUAGUUCACUAAUAUGCACUGAGUGCCCCCCCCAAUAAAUAGCAUAUAAAGGGCAAUCAGCAUUACUGUCUAGAGUCUUUAUUACCUUCAUCCAUCAAGUCACUGUUUGUUCCUAUCUUCUUCUGCCAGAUUGUACUCAGAUGUGCACUGCAAAUCCUUGCUGUUUUCCUCAACAGAAUUGUAUUGUUAUUCUGCAUUAUAUUAUUAGGGCACAAUAUUUCCUAUUACCAUUGACAGCUGGCAAAUCUCAGAUGAUGCCAGCUAGAAUCCAGUUCAUAGCUAGAAGCCUUUGAAACCACCUAUCCACCCCUAACUCCAGAUAAGGUGCAUAAGAACUUCCUUGCAGGUGUAAACCAAAGCCCGCCAUCAUGUUUUCAACAGUAGCCAACUAGGUGCUUCUAUAUAGUUAACAGCUGUUAAUCUCUGAUUUAGUAACAUCCUCCAUUAAUCUUUGUCCAUUAAUGUAUUUCAGUUUUUUAAAAAGAAAACUUCAGAUCUGAGGUUGUUAAUAUGGAAAGUAUCAAAUUCCACUUGAAGUUGCAAAACACAUUCCAACCAAUCAAUCCAAUGUUUUCCUCUCCAGCACACCUGUGGAGACAAAUAUCCAGAUUCAAGAUGCAUUACGUUGUCUGUUUGGGAAACAUGUGACUAAGCAGAAUUUUAUGACUAGGUUCAAGUCUCCUGGCUUGCUGUUACUGCAUCUGGCAAUGUCAAAGAUGACUUCCCAUAGUUGAAAGUGAGCAAAUAUCCUUCAGAACCCCCACCCCCCAGAAAUAUUCCCACCUAAAUGACAAUCCUAUUAAGAUAGAGAAUGUGGACUUUAUUACUGACUUCAUGGACACAAUCAGCAGAAAUAUUGUUGCUCAGAAUCUCAUUGCUUGAUGUAAAUCACCAUGAGCACACAGACUGACCCUAUUAUGCUACCAUGGAUGUUGAAGUUAAUUACUGACAUGGGAACAGUGUAAAUCUUCUGCUAUAUUUAUGUCCCCCCCCCUUUAUUUGUUGCUGCUUAAACACAGAGAAUAUUUUUUCUUUCUUGCCAUCUCUCUACCUUCAUCAGUGGUAAGUGACACGAAUCUAGAUUUGUGCAAAAAUGCUUCUAAUGCACCUAAUUGGUUAAAAUGACAUGAGCUUUGUGUGUCUUAACAGUGAGAAAUGAUCCCCAUCCCUCUCCUUUCUUAAUCUGAGGGGGGGAGGACUUGAACACUCAAUUACUCUCUAAUUACGUUAGAACUGCCUUACCAGGGAGAGGAAGAGAGAGAACUCGAAUGGAUUCCUUUGAAAGUAUUUAUUUCAUUCUGAAAUCAUUUGUGGAAGCACGUUUGCAGGGAAUAAUUGCAUUGGAAACUGAAAGACCUCUCUUUAACCACAGGCCACUAGAUGCUCAGCCAGUGAACCUCAGCCCUGAUCUUAGGUGAUAACUGUCUGAUAGAUUUAGCCAGCUCAUUCAUAAGGCUUCUCUGAGGGCAGUUCACACAGCUUUGCUCCUCUUGACGACCACUUGAAGAAAGGCUAAAGUUUGCAUUGUCGCUUAUGUUUACCAAUAACCUGCUGCAUACUAAUUUCCUUUCCUUUCCACAUUCCCCUCUUCCAGAGGUCUCCUAGUAGGUUAGAUUUUAUUCUAAACACACACACACACACACAAUACAAUAAUAAAAAACCCAACCCAAUGAAUACAUGAAUAACAAAUACACACAAUACAAUAAUAAAAAACCCAACCCAAUCCAAUGAACCAAUUAAUUACAAUUAAUAAAGAACCAGAAGUCUAAUCCAACUAAAAGUCAGCCCUCAAUCAUCUCCUAAAAAGGCAUAUGCCUUUAUCACUUGGAAGGUGUUGACUGUCUUUCUACAGGCCUGGAGUGAGUUAGCCAUGCAAGUCUUUCUUACCAAAGAGUUCCACAAGGAACAUGAUACAGUGGUAUCUCAGUUUAUCAACAGUCCUGUUUAUGAGCUACAGUAUUCAGUUUACGAACUCCGCAAAACCAGAAGUAGUGUUACGGUUUGCGAACUUUACCUUGGUCUAUGAACGGAAGCCGGACAGUGGAAGGGCACUGGCGGCGGGAGGCCUCAGGGAAAGCAUGCCUCGGUUUAAGAAUGGAUUUGGUUUAAGAACGGACUUCAGGAACAGAUUAAGUUCGUAAACCGAGGUACCACUGUACUACUCAAACCUACAUUUACUCCUGCUGCCUAUAGCGACAAUGGCCUCGUUAUUUUCAUUAUUAAAAUAUUAUUGUGCAGAGCUACAGCAUCACAAAGCAACAUAAAACCAAGAGCAGGGCAAAAUACAAAGGUAUAAAUCCUGCAUUAGCAAGCAUGCAGAACACCUUAAGAAGCAGUUCUGUAACAUCCAUUGCAAUUGGGAUCUCUUUUAAAGGCAGCAUUGAAGAAUAAGGGCUUUAAUGCUCACCUAAACAGCUGUACGGAUGGGGAAAGGUGGGAAAAAAAUAACUCCACAGUUCUGGAACCAGCAGGAAGACUCGAUGCCUUGUUCCCAUCAUCUAACUGGUAGGGACUUGCGAUUCUUAGUAUACAGGCAAGAUUAUAGGGCUGAAAGCAGCAGAAGUGGACCUUGCUGCCAUGAGGCUACUGUUGCAGCUCUAACCUACUGGUGUGUCAAGGAGAAAGCGAGGUUAGAACUUUUGAUGCUGUGCUUGCUCUGUGCAUGGCAUUCUUCAUAUGGCUGCAGAUUCGUUUGUGGGACUGCCCACACAAAAUGGUAGUGCGCAAACACCCAAAUGAGAACUGGACCCCAAAGUGGGGGCUCUGAUACUUCCAUCUGGUCUUGGGAAAUAACCUGGUCAUCUGAGCCACUGACUCAAAAUUGUUGCCUUCACUUUUCAGAGCAUAUUUUGCUGCAUGAAUAAUGACUCAGGUUGAACAUUUAACACAGAAAUCCAGCAUAUUAUUAUAGGAACACUGUGUGCUAAAUUUAGAGCAUAAUCUUUACUCGCCUCACAUCAACCAUAUAAAACAACCGACCUCCUAAAAUUUGCCAGUAACCUUCCUCGUGAAUUAAUGCUUCAGAAAUAUAAAAGGAUGGGCUAAAGAUUCACUCCAUCAAAUGUUUCUAAAUGGCUUUAUGUAUUUGUAAGACUUUAUGAUCUACUAUUGAUGCAAAUUACCAAGGAUAAAAGAAAAUCCAUCUGUUAUCAAAGAAAAAAAUAAAUGAAAUAAGUCCUAGGAUUUGAAAGACUUAGCAUUAGGAACUAGGAAUUUGUACGUUGUGAUGGGUUUAUAGUAAUUGACAGGAUAAAAGACUUCUUUUUGUCAUUCACAAAGUUAUUUUUAUUCAACCUAAAUGGAAAAUGACGACACUGCAAUAGCCUCUCAUGUAAUAUAUAUUAUUUCAGUUACAUUUUUUAUUUUCCUUUAGAAUUACUUGAUUCCUAAUUUGACCUGCAACAUAACUGGCUUUAUUAGUUUUGCUAUUAUUACACUUACAUGUUAAUAAAAUUGUCUGCAGCUAAAUAAACAGCAUUUCAUUGAAAGACAUAUGUAUCCAAUCUACAGGGUUUCAGAUUACUGGCACAAGAACAGAUCUAAGUCUGGUGCCUUCAAUCUGAAAUUAAUUGGACCCUGAUAAUGGGUUGCCUGCAGGCAAUUUGUUCUCAGUAUCUUGAUAGAAUUUCUACCCCCCCCCCUUCUGUUAAUGAUAAAUCAGAUGGGGCUAUACUAUUGUGCGGUUACUACAAUGGACCUUUCUUUUUUCCAAGUGUGUGAAAUUUUCCCCCUGUGCAGCUUUAACUUCUUUCUUUAGUAACCACAGGACACACCACACUUGGCAUUUUUUAAAGAAAGAAAUAUUAUUUUCAGCAAUUGUACUAUAUAAAUAUAAAGCUUGGAUCCAGAGUUCCCAUAAGUGGAAUAAUAAUAAUAAGAAGAAGAAGAAGAAGAAGAAGAAGAAGAAGAAGAAGAAGAAAAGAAGUAAUAAUUCUUGAACCCUGCCCAUCUGAAUGGGUUGCCCCUGCCACUUUGGGCAGCUUCCAACAGAAUAUAAAAGGACACAACAAAAUAUAUAGCAAUCCUUCUACAAGACAUUCCCAUGGGGGUGGGGGUGUCAUUAUUUUUUACUGAUUCCUCCUGCCCCUGCAGCACCCUAUGACCCCUGAAAAUAUGCUGCGAAAGGUUGGGGGACGUUUUGGAACACUGUGGGACCUCAAGGGGCCACAUGGGAAAAGCGUAUUGGUCCAAAUGGACUCUCUCUGCCUUCUCCAAGUGAAUGCUCUUUUGGAUUGCCGUCGUUUCUACAAGCAGAAAGAUCCCUUCUGUUCCUCCAAGACCAGGACUGAACUCAACCCAUAAUCCUUUGCAGCGAUAAACAGCUGCUGAACAUUUUUAUGGCACUUUUAGAAUACACAUUGAAGCACAAUCUUGUUCAGCUUCAGCAUAAAUCUGUGAGAUUUCAUAGAACAUGAAACCACCACAUGGAUGUGAGUUUAGACCAUAGGUCAAAGUUAAAGUGGAGCUUACAUGCAGAUCUGAUCAGUCUCAUACACCUAAAGAAACUAUCAGUGGAAUCUUCUCCUUGAUUAGCUUUUGCCUUUCUUUUAUACUCCCUAAAGUGUUUGCAGGACAUUUUCAGUCUCUUCUUUUAUGGUGUCUAACAGCCAUUGCCUCUAGCACCCAUUCACAAAAGCCAACAUAGACUGAGUUAGUAAUGAGGUUGGGUGGGGGAUAUUUUGCUGAUAUCAACCCAUGCCAGGCUAGUUGUUGCUUGAUCCACCUAGUUUGGCUUUUCGAUUGCCACUGUUUGAGCUAGAACGCUAAAAGUCAUUGGCCAAAACCCCAAUCUGGGCCAAAUUCAGCGUGUGGUGUUGGCACAGGACAAGCUUGGCCUGGACCGACACAGUUGUAAGUUAAUAGAUAAUUCCACUCCACCAGCUCAACAUGAUGAUUAUAUGAAAAGGCCCUUAAGAUGUCCACAGUGAAACACAGCCAUCUUUCAAAAGUCACACUUCUCUGAAUUUUGCAGUGCAGUCAUCCAACCACUGUUUACUAAAAUGCACAUAUGGGGGGAUGCAUUCAAAAGAACAUGCUACUGAAAAUAACACACAGUAAUGCAUUAUACUGGAAAUUGCUUGCAAAAACAUCUACAUUAAUUAAAACUGCGUACAAAUAUAGGCCUAUUAGGAAACACUUGCACUAAAAUACUGAAGAAUGUUCAUGAAGAUUUUGAAAAAGAGUAAUUGCAAAUUGCUGCAGAAAUGUGGAGAACUGAGUUUAAGAAUGUCAAAAAAAAUGAGAAAUUGAGAGUAUUUAAACUGACGGAUCUUUCCAUCUUCAGUCCACAGUGAACUCUUGUGACUUCUUGUUCAGCUCAGCAACAGAAGUCACAGCUGUAGAAAACAAAAUUCACACACACACGCAGAGUUAUUUCGAUUCCUCUUUCUCUUUUGCUCUUGGCCUUUUUAACGUUCUUUUACUGUGUUUUGUUUUAAAUUAGAUAGCAAGGCCUUUGAGGCAGGGGCCAUAAAUAAUGUUUUCUAUUCCAAGAUUUUUAAAGCAAGAUCUUAAAGAUCUUUUUAGCAAGGAAGGCCUGUAUAGUUCCUAGUAAAAUCAGCUCCUGUUGCUGCCUGGGGACUGCAACUGCUAUUGCAAUAAUUAGAAUAAUUCCCCAAAUGAGAUGCUUACACAAGUACGUAUUGCCAAGUGUUUGGCAUAGGUGUUUUCACAGGAGGCAGAAAUAAAUGGCAGUAGAAGAACUAGGGGAGAACGGAAGCAAUAAAUCUUCAAAUUCUUAUGUGUUCCAUGUAAUAUUGGGUUUGCAAUCCAUUAUCCUUCAGUUUGAUUUCAAAUGUACUACAGGCCUGCAGGCAAAAUUUGACAGGUUCCACUCACAAAAUAAAUAAACAAGCAUAAUGUGAAAACACGUUUUCUUAUCUCUCUAGCACCUACCUCUUUAGACCUUUCUCCCAACUUAUCUUCCCCUUUGGCUCUUCCAUUUGCCCUCAUGCCUCUUCUCUGCUCCCUUUUCUAACCCUUCUUUCCUAACCUGCCUUCAUUUGGUCUACUGCCUUUUCAUCUUCCUGCCUUCUGGUUUCCUAGACCCAGUAACCCUCUGUUUUGCACACUCCUCUGUCUGUCCCCUAAAUCCCUAGCAUUUGACCAGCACAACUAAUGACAGCCAGAAACGAUCUAGAGGCCCAUCUCUUGCCCUCCAUCUGUGACUUUAGAGUAACCUAGCCAGCCAAUCACUUCAUAAUACCAGGUUAGAACAGGAUCUGCAUCUUCCCAGCUCCAUGUAAGCAACACUUCACUUUUCCACUAAAGUGAGUGGGAAGUAUUCACUGUCACAAAUAAUGAAUAGCAAGAGCACCCAAUCUACACUGUGAGGAAGUGAUAAAAACACAUGCUUAUGAGUGUUUGAGAUUUCACAGCUAUUAAUUUUGAACUUUUUGAUUGCAGUCGUGUUCUACAAGAGUUGGUGCUGUGAGGGCACCAGGGCUCUGUAAGAAGCGAGAGAUUAUGACAACAUGCAUUUAUCAUUGUGCAGCUGGCUGCGCUUGGCCUAAGAGGCGCCCAAAUGUAUUUCCCCUUCUCUUCAUUUGUAAAACCCUUAAACAAUCCGAAGAAUUAUUAAAAUGUUGUCAGACAGUGGCUCAUAUACUGCACGCGGACUGCUUCCUGAAGGAUUCUUGCAUGCAUUAUUAAUAUGAGAAAUUCCAUUUUAUGCUCUCGAGAGCAGUGCAUAUGUACUUUGGAGACGUGCAAAUCGACAGUAUAUUUUGGGAUGUAGCAUUACAUAAUUUUGUUUUCAUUAUAUGAGAGGGAAACACGCAUACACACUCCAUAAAGUGUCUUUGUAGAAGGGGAGGCAGGUUGACUUGUCAGGGCUUUCUGCACGGUUGUUAGAGAAUAACACCCUGAAGAUCCCAGGCCCCUGGGAGAUUAGACUGGCCUUGACCAGAGCCAGGGCCUUUUCGGCCGUGGCCCUGGCCUGGUGGAACGCUCUCUCACAAGAAACCAGGGCCCUGCGGGAUUUGGCAUCUCUCCGCAGGGCCUGCAAGACGGAGCUGUUCCACCAGCUCUUUGGUCGGGGUUCAGUCUGAUUCUUUUCUUUCGGUAUAAGAACAAGCAUUAAAGAGGCCUCCUAGCCCGCUCACAGGUCCUUUAAAAGACCAGUGGUAGCAGUUGGCCCUGGAGGAUAUUAACCACUCUCAAUUUUACCCAAGGACUGCCAUCUGUCCAGAUUUUAAUUUGCUCUGAACUAAUUUUAAGAUGUAUUUUAAUUAAUUGAUUGCCUGUUUUGUGUUCUAAUGUUCUUUGUAUACUGUGUUAGUUUUAUGAUGUUAGCUGCCCUGAGCGCGGCUCCGGCUGGGGAGGGCAGGGUACAAAUAAUAAUAAUAAUAAUAAUAAUAUUAAAAGGUACCUCUGUGGGAUGUGGGUGGUGCUGUGGUCUAAACCACUGAGCCUAGGGCUUGCCGUUUGGAAGGUCAGCUGUUCGAAUCCCAGAGACGAGGUGAGCUCCCAAUGCUCAGUCGCUGCUCCUGUCAACCUAGCAGUUCGAAACCACAUCAAAGUGUAAGUAAAUAAAUAGGUACCACUCUGGUGGGAAGGUAAACAGUGUUCUCGUGUGCUGCUCUGCUUUCGCUAGAAGCGGCUUAGUCAUGCUGGCCACAUGACCCGAAAAAACUGUCUGUGGACAAACAUCGGCUCCCUCGGCCAGUAAAGCGAGAUGAGCGCCGCAACCCCAGAGUUGUUUGUGAGUGGACUUAACUGUCAGGGGUCAUUUACCUUUACCUUUACCUUUACCUCUGUAUGAGGCUUCAGACAUGGAACUUGCCACAUUUCCCUACAGUUUAAGCAUGAGGAUGAGAUAAAGUCAAAUCUCUUCAUAUGCAACAUAAUGAUUUGUGGACUGUGCUGUAUGGAUAUAUAUAUGGAAUCAUACUGCUUUGCUUUCAUACAUAAAUUAGGGACAGCACAGCACAGAUUGCUUUAGUGUUUUGAGUAACCAUUUAACAUUUGGGAACUGAAAAGGGGUAUGGAGAGAAUAGGCCACACAUCUAGGGUAGCAACAGAUGUUGCCACAGCUGCAUCACUAGCCUGCGUCGUUUGAGCAAUACAUCACCUUGGGUUGUGGGCUGGGUUUUCCACCCAUAGCGGAAUCUGGGUGGUGCACCACCUGGGUGGCAAUGCCAUUGUGUUAUAUAACAUGGGUGUUGUUUAUGCCACUCGGCAAGGGAGAGGAGGAAACACAUUUGAAAGCUUGAAGCUGCUGUUGAAUAAGUCCUGAAUUCUGAAUUCCUGACUUCCAUAUGUUUAUGAUAAUCAUGCAGCUGGCUGAAUUCUAUGUGCAUUAGCAGCUAAUACUCAAUCCUACUUUAAUACAGUAACACACAAUGAAGUAAAGUGCUAUUUGCUUUACUCAACAUAUAUACAGAACCAUCUUUCCCUGCAUGAUGGAACAACACUUGGAUGUAGUGUUGUCUCUGUAGGGCUCAACAAAGCCUGGUUUCUCCCCAGCUUUCAUUUAGUAGCUGAAUGAGUAGCUUGGCCAAGAAUGGAGGAAGAGAUAGAUUGGGGAAUAAGAGAGAAACACACAUAUCUCUCAUUCCCCUUCAUGGUCACUGUACACCAAGCAGGAGAUCAAAAAGGGGGCUCCUAACAAACUCCGUACACAGGGAAGGAUUGUGCACAUACAUUAUAAAAUUCCAUCCCAUCAAACAAUAGGAGAAAUGGAACUGCAUCACCUCUUCAUCUCAGGUACUGAAGGAGUACCGUAGUAACUUCUGGCUUCUCCUGUCCUUGGCACCUCUCCUUUCCAGAUCAUCAUUAUAAGAAUCCCAUGAACAAGAGCUGGUGCCUGUGUUUACUCCCCAUCUUCUCUCUCCCUUUUCCUUUUGUGUCAUGCUUCUUAUACUGUAAGGCAGAGGACAAGAACUGUCUCACCACCAAAUGCUUCAGAAGCCCUUGUUUGGAUGGAAAGUGGGCCAAGAAUAAAUAAAUAUCAUUAUUUAUUAUUAUUUAUUAAAUUUGUAUACCACCCUUUACCUGAAGAUUACAGGGAGGUUCACAAAAUAUGAGAACACAAAAUAAGUUGCCACUCUGAUCCUAAGACUUCUCUCUACUGUAGAAAACUGAACUACUUUUUUCCCUCCCUCUGGAAAACUUUACUGUUUGAGUUCUAAUGUUUGUAUCUAUAAAAGAGAAGAAAAAACCCCCACAGUUCAGCGAAUUACAGAUAUUAAACUGUUUCAUCCCCUCCCCGCCUAAUUGCUAGAAGCAGAGAAGAAUUUUUAAUCAUCCCAGUGUGGUAGGUUCUAGUUAUUUUUUUUUUUUACUGUCAUCCUUAAAUAACCAAAUAAUACUUGUGGAGAAUUUGUGAAGGAAGAAAAAAGUUUUCCUUUAUCUUCUUUCCCUUUGUACCUAAAGCCCUGUACACUAAAGAAAAAAAGAGAGUAUAGAUAGGAAAUCUUUACCUGUAUGAUGCCUUUAUUUAUUUAUUAAAAUGUAUGUUUAUUAAAGAUUUUCUUGAUUUACAAAAGGUAUGUGCAAUGUCGCCCUCGUAUACCCCCCAUGUAACAUUUCUUUUUUACAAAUCGGUUUCAUUUGUUGAGACAUUAGGAAGACACUUGUGUUCAGAAAAUAUUAUGGGGUGUGUGUGUGUGUAGUCACAGGGAUCACAGUCUAAGAAAACUUUAUAAAGGCUUACAGCCCAACCUGAUGCAUUUUAAUCCAGGAAUAAGUCCUCUGAGUUCAGUAAUAAUAAUAAUAAUAAUAAUAAUAAUAAUAAUAAUAAUAAUAAUAAAUUUAUACCCCGCCCUCCCCAGCCAAGACCAGGCUCAGGGCAGCUAACAGCAGGUAUAAAAACAAUUCAUUAAAAUACAACUUAAAAACAAGAUUAAAAUACAACAUUAAAAUGCAGCCUCACUUCAGUAGAAACUCAAAUCAAAAAAAUUUGGGGGAUGAAAACGUCAAAUCUUAAUUUUCUUUCAAGCAAAAAAUGUCAGGAGAUUGUAUUUAUCAUCAUGUCUAGGUUGGUCUCGGGGUACUGGGGUUUCCAAGCCUGCCUAGGGUCCAUUGGGCCUGUUUCUUUGUUUUGAGGGAGACUUAGAGGUGAACGCCCACCCUCUUUUUCUUUCACAAGUUCAUGGCCACCCUACUUUCUGCAUACCUCCCCCAGAACCACAAACUUCAUUUUACAAAAUUGGACCGCAGUAUAGUUUUUCAGCAUAGAGCUGUGUCGGAGCAUUUAGGGAAUCCAGAUACCUGACUACCAAGCUGCACAGCUGUGGGGGUUAUUAUCAGGUCAGUUCCUGCUGGGAUUUUCAGAGGCUGAAUUUAGUAUGUAUUUAUUAAAAGCAUUUGUGGUGUGUUUGUGUGGGAGGGGUGUAAAUACCAAAAUGAUGCAAACCUCAUCCUAUACAAUAAAAACAUAAAACAACAAUAUAAAUCGUAGCAGUACAGCAUCCAUAAUAAUGGGCAGUCUUUGUCAAUUUAAUGGUCAGAAAGUCCUGGAAUUCUUCAAGCAUCUCUAGCUCUAAUAAAUAUAGUAAAGUUUGGUUACUUCUAUCUAAAUGUAGCUGUCUCAUAUUUUCUUCUCCCCAAAUAUAGGUUUGUAGUUUCAGAAGCAAAUGGUGCAAUUCCAAAAAUAGUAAGCAAAGGUGUUUGUAUCGACCCACUGUCUGAACACCUGUGCAAUUCUCACUUUUUAUGAAACACAAAAGAAGCAUUGUGAUGAAACUCCUGCUUCCCAUGCCACAAUUUUCCACAGUUUUUUUGAGUGUAUACAAAGAGUCUAGGGGACACACACACACACACACACACACACACACACAAUAUGUCCUUUAAGGCCUCGAUGAGGAGAUGUAAUGAUUUCAGUAUGUAUUUUGCCUUGAUUGAUGUGGUUUAGAGCGCAUGUGCCAAGCAACAUGCUAAUAGAGGCUUAAUUUCAUUUCUGCAGCUACCUUUUUACAGGAAAGGGUUUAUUAGCCUUGGAAAAUAUUUUUGCAAGGCAAUUUACAUUCUCAGUUGUGUCACUCCGCAGCCAGUCAAUCAUUGGCUUAACUCUAACCAUAUGCACCUUAACAAUACUGAGUUUUUCCAUGUUGUGGUCUGGCACUAGAGAACGCAUGGACUGUAUGCUGAAACCAGAUACAUUUUUUUUUAAAGACAAAAAGGCUCAUAUAAGUGUGCUGUAACUGUAUGGUUUUUUAAAAUUACACUCUCCAAUCUUGUGAGCGAGAAGAGACGGAGAUACACCAAUUGGAUCAGGCUUGUUCAGUGAACUUUAUAGCAGUGUGGGAACUUGAACCAAACUCUCCCCAGUCCAUGUCCAAUACUCCACAGAGUCUCCUUGUACAGUGGUACCUCGGGUUACAUACGCUUCAGGUUACAUAUGCUUCAGGUUACAGACUCCACUAGCCUAGAAAUAGUACCUCGGGUUAAGAACUUUGCUUCAGGAUGAGAACAGAAAUCAUGCUCCGGCGGCACAGCGGCAGCAGCGGGAGGCCCCAUUAGCUAAAGUGGUGAUUCAGGUUAAGAACAGUUUCAGGUUAAGAACGGACCUCUGGAACGAAUUAAGUACUUAACCCAAGGUACCACUGCAAUUGUUGUGAUUCAAUUAUAGUUUUAUAGUUGUGUAUGUGUGCACACACAUGUUCACGUGUGUGAGGGUGGCACUGUGGUCUAAACCACUGAGCCUCUUGGGCUUGCCGAUCAGGUCGGUGGUUUGAAUUCCCACAAUAGAGCUCCUGUUGCUCUGUCCCAGUUCCUGCCAGCCUUGCAGUUUGAAAGCACACCAGUGCAAACAGAUAAAUAGGUACUGCUGUGGCAGGAAGGUAAAUGGCAUUACCAUGUACUCUGGUUUCCAUCACGGUGUUCUGUUGCACCACAAGCAGUUUAGACAUACUGGCCACAUGACCCGGAAAGCUGCCUGUGGACAAAUGCCGGCUCCCUCGGCCUGAAAGCGAGUGCUGAAACCCGAUAGUCGCCUUUGACUGGAUUUAACCGUCCAGGGGUCCUUUACCUUACCUUACACUCAACCAAUCAGCCUCAUACAAAUGUUACCCUUUCCCUCUUAGGGCUUUGUCCACAGCUCUGUUUGCUACACAGCUUUUCCCUGGGGAAACCCGAUCUUUAGUGCUGAAUCAGAACAAACACCAAUUAGGUUUUCCGCAAAUGGCCAUUUGCUCUGAUUUAGUGCCAAACAGGGGUGCUGAGUUCUGCCCUACAUUGCAAGGGCUCGUCAUGUGUGUGUGUGACAUCACACAUGUGACACACACAUGCACUGUCACGUUCAUUGUGAGGAGACUGUGAGGCCCAGCAGUGCCCGCCACCACCACAUGGAGGUCCAAUGAUAUCCAGCCCCUCAAGAGUCAGGGGGCUCAGCCCCAUCCCCACAUACGGGGACGGGGACGGGACUGAGAUGUCUUCAGUUUCAUUGAGUUGGUACCUAUGGUACUAAAGAGCAGUUUUCUUGGGGUAAUGUGUUAGGGCAAAGGCAAAACUGCUUGGACUUGGGCAGUGUUAUUUUUCUAGGAAGAAAAGUGCCGGAAUUCACCAUGAACAUCUCCCUCCUUCUCUUAAAAUGGUAAUGGCACCCAUCUGAAAGCUGCCGAAACUCACCAGAUAGGUCCUGGAACUGAGUUCUGGUGAGUUCCCCCUGAAAAAAGAAGCCCUGGACAUGGAUCUAGAAAACAUGGGAUGAGUGGAAAAACUGUUCAGACCCAUGAUUUCUAGGCAUGGGGUAAACAGAAGUAUGGACAAGCCCUUAGUCUCAUUCUUUUUUGUUUCAUGUGUUGAUUAGGAACAGUGCCUGGGAACCUCUGGUUUGUGGUUCUCAUUAGGUCAGGUAUUCACCUACCCGGUUAAUUUUGGCUAACCACACUCACCAUCCCUGGUCCUGUUGUGACAGAUUCUAUCAGAUGUGAGGAAUGUUUGAGCCAGUCAAAAUGCACUCCCGAAUCUUCCUUUGUAGCCAAACGCCAGCACUUUUUAAAAAGCUGCCUUUUCCAGUCACCUUAUAUGGCCAAUUUUUUUGCUUUAGACUUCUGCUUGUGCUAAAGACUUUAGGCUGCAGGCAAAAAGAAUUGGGAGCACUCUCAUUUUGCAGCACCAAGGAUAACAACAACAUAGGUUUCCAGGCACAGAGAUCACAGAAAACAUAUGCUGGGGGGGCGGGGGGAGUAAGCACACUUCUAGCCCCGGUACAAUUUUGUUACUCUUAUCUAAAACUCUGUUAUUCUUGCUUGCUUUGAAAUUCCUCAGAUAUUUUGCUUGAGAAGGGACUUCCACAUGUACUUUGAAUGUAGCUUUAAGUGAAAUCUGGUGGCAACCUAGGAAAAUGUAACUCUGCACACCCUCACCCAAGACUGAAACCCUUUUAGCUUGCAUUUAAAUUCUUUAGAUGCUUCAUUUCUGGCUGAACCUUCCAAUUUGAUUUCAGCGACGCAGGCUAUGUAUAUAUUAGCUUCUUGAAAUGCAGCAAGAUCAUUUUCCUCUGCUACGUUUCAAGUCCCAUUCUUACAUUGCUAUUCAGACCAGAGAGUGGGUGGGGAUGUCUUCAUCCGAUGCCCAUUACCCGUUUUGUUUUCCCAUGCCAAACUCCAGUCCACUGAAACUGGACUGCCACAUGCCCAUUGGCUGUCUGAAAUGCACACAUCUCAGCUCAACCAUGACUUCGGUUUUCAUAUCCUAUGGAAACUGAUUUUUGAGGGAAAGUACACCAGGCAGGCUCCUGCCAACCUAGCAGUUCCAAAGCACGUCAAAGUGCAAGUAGAUAAAUAGGUACCAUUCCGGCGGGAAGGUAAAGGGCGUUUCCGUGCGCUGCUCUGGUUCACCAGAAGCGGCUUAGUCAUGCUGGCCACAUGACCUGGAAGCUGUAUGCCGGCUCCCUCGGCCAAUAAAGUGAGAUGAGCACCGCAACCCCAGAGUCGGCCACGACUCGACCUAAUGAUCAGGGGUCCCUUUACCUUUACUUUUCACCAGGCAGGAGUGUUUCUCAAGAAGUUACAGAAGUCUUAUGGUUUGCGGCUAACAUCAUACGUACCUAGCUUGAAACACCAGUAGCGGAAACACGGUGGAGACAAACUAAGCAGCAAUGUGUACACAUCCAGCGUUGUACGAAAACUCCUGCAUGCAGACUUGGUUUGGGUUGAGCAUUGCCAGUUUUAUUUCUGUGAAAAUGGUUAUUUCUUGGUGCUUGUGAUUUACAAUUACGAUGUAUAGACUUGAGUGGGGUGGCUUUGUCACUAUGCCUCUAGGUCAUAAUGUAGGAUACAGGAUGAAAGUAGACUGCAGACAGGGCUCAAAAGCUGCCCAUGAAAGGAACAGGGAGAGGAUAACAGAGGAGUAGCUCCCAAGCAAACUGCCUUGGAGGCUAAGGAGGAGAAGGUCACAACACACCCAAAUCCACCUUGUCUCUAGCUGAUGCCUCAUUAGGGAAGCAGUUGGGUGUGGACAUGGCUUCUCUUCCAAGGCACAGAAGGCAGACAAGGGAGUGCACAAAGUCCUAACAGGUUCAUUUACUCUCUCCAACUUCUACUCCUUCCACGCUCCAUAAUCUCAGUGCCAGAGUUUAGCAGUUUAUCUCAACACUGCUCCUGAGCCCCUUGCACCCUUCAUUGGUAGUGUAGCAAUGGUUGGUUGCAAUCUGUUUUUACAGAGAUGUCAGUGGUGUGGGUGAUAGUGGCCUCAGAAGCACCGUGAACCCGCUCCAGUCUUCUCUGUGAUGUGUCAUCUGCCAUGUUUGCUAUGCUCCAUGAGACUUCUCUGUAUGGGUUGUAUGUAUGUUGGGUUUUUUUCUUGGCCCUCUGCUGCUGGUGCACUCCCUACUGAAUCAGCCUUUGCAACAAUGCAUGUUCUGUGCUGUCUUGGGUUUGGGGUUUGGUUGUGCUGGCCAUGGAAUCACUGCAUUCUCCAUCUGAAAAAAGGCAAUUGUUUUCUUUAUAUUUUCUUAUUCCAUUAACACUAGAACUGUAAUUUGUGGCUUGCCUCACAUUCUUUAUCUAUUCAUUCUGCAUGCAUUUUACAUUACCGGCCAUGAAUUCAUGGAGACAGCUCUCAGUCUUUCUAUUUCCCAUCUGUAAAAUGGGUACAUACCAUCCAGGAUGGCAUGGGAAUCUUAAUCUAAAUGCUUGUUUUUUUUAAAAAAACAUGCACUGUAUAUGUAUGUGUUUGCAACUGGGCCCAUUCUCUACCACUACCUGCUCUGUAAGUGCUUUCAGACAUUGCUAUGUGUUUGCAAUCCAGUUAUAUGGGUUUUAUGAUGGGUUAUAUGGUGAAAACAAUGCACACAUUCAGUGAACUUACAGGCAGGUGUGGAAAAGAGAAUUAGAUGGUGCCUGUCAGCCCUGCCCUGAUUAUGAUGCAUAGGAUUCUUUCAGACUAGUGUUGUAUCUGAGGUGAAGUUUGUAGGGGUAGAGAAAACAUGAGCAGGGGCUUGUCAGAACAGCCCCGUGACCUGGAUUGUUUUAGGAUGAUCUGAUUGUUUUAGGCCUGACAUAUCAUGUAUGGGUGGCAUUGCUUGAUGAUGGGAUGUGUGUAAGCACACACUGGACCUGUAAAGCAAUCAGCAAAGCAUUCCCCAUGGACACAUUGCCCACAUUCUGUUGGUCUCUGCCUACUGAACAACUAAUUUUUGACUGGCUAUUGCUGAUGGACUCUGGGACUCAAACCUGCCCCAUAGUCCUGAGGACUGCCUGGUGCACACAGUUACUAUCUGAAGAGAGUCCCAAUGAAAAGGGUUGGACAGUGUGCAUAUUCCAUGCCCUCUUUCUCGGGUUACACUUACUUCCCUGCAGCUUUGAUUACAACACAGUUAGCACCAUUCCCCUAAUAUACAGUUAUUGAGCAAAUACCCAUGGGGAGAUGGAGACUAAUUUCCACAACCUGCUAUCUUAAUUAGCAUUUAGAUAUGCUCAUGCAAGCAGGUUCUGAGGGAGGUUAUGCAGCGACAUUACUGUCGGGACACUUAGCCAGAUUCCAGUUGGCCUAGUAUCCCACGCAAAAUGUUCUCAUGUGCUGGCUCCAUUUACGUGGACCAUUAGUCCACCAAUGAUCUAUGGCUUAGAAUGGGAAGGCAAGGAGUUGUGCAAAUACUGUACACAAAAGGGCAAGUGCAUGGAUCAAGACUCCUUGAGAUGAAAUGCUGAACCCUGUGGCAGGAUCUGCAUAGGCAAGGAAUAUUAAUAUGUUUCACAUUCUAUAUUAAGUGACCCUAAGAUCUAUGAUUUAGUGCUAAGCUGGGCAUAUAGGAAAGGGAUGCCCAUAAAAAACAAACAAAAGAGAUAUCACCAUGUAAGAUGUUGGGCGGCAUUAUUUCAUUCUGCCAGCUGAAGCUGACUCCACUGAUGUCCCCAAACAUCCAUUUGGACACAUUGGCAUAACUCAGGGUAGGAAUCAACUUGCAGGCCUUGAGCUAGAUGAAUUUCUAUAGUAUUUUGCAAGAGAGUGAGUGCGGAAUCUUCUUCUUCUUCGGCAAUCACUCGUAGCCGAGUAAGACUGUCUUCCAUAAACACGGUUUUAACAAUAAGUCCGUAAGUGACUAUGGAGGCCAAUUCUGGAUCCACACGUCCUUCCACAGUGGGGACAUUGGUUUCCGGGUGGGAGUUGAUCACAGUGUGGAUUUGCCAAGCGUGCCUUCCUCUUAUCACGUUUCUCCCUUUCGUCCUGAGUUUGAGCGUCUUCAAAGCCCAUGACACCUUUGGUAAAGGCUGUUCUCCAACUGGAGCGCUCGCAGGCCAGUGUUUCCCAGUUGUCAGUGUUCAUACUACCUUUUUAAAGAUUUGCCUUGAGAGAGUCUUUGAACCUCUUUUGUUGACCACCGGUAUUACGAUUUCCAUUUUUAAGUUUGGAAUAGAGUAGUUGCUUUAGAAGACAAUCAUCAGGCCUCCGCACAACAUGAGCAGUCCAACGAAGUUGAUGUUGAAGAAUCAUUGCUUCAACACUGGUGAUCUUUGCUUCCAGUACACUGAUAUAAUGCCUUCCUUGUUCUCUUAUAAUGGCAAUGGCGCCUACCUGAGAGGUGCCAGAACUGUGUUCCGGUGAGUUCUGGCUGGAAAAAAACCCUGGGCAUCCACUUUUAUGGCAACCAAUUUUGAUCUGGCUGCAGCUGUUCUAAAUGGGAGCACCCUCAGUUACACACAUGCACCCGUUGUGAUAUGAAGAGAUAGCCCAUGACUACACUGAAAGUAGGGUUCAUGCUAUUAAGCUGCUUCUAUACAUCACUGAGAAGACUGAGAACUCAAGGGUUCUAUUUAAACUUUGAAACUAAGUCUCUUCACUUCAGUUGUUGGAAGGUUCAGCUUGGCUCAAGAUGCCAUUGGGUCCCGCCAAUUGCCUAAAGUUGUUACUAAAUAAAGUAUCGCUCACUAGUUAUCAGCAGGCACCGUCUGUGUUGGGUGAAGUUCAGGAAAAAAAGCUGGCAUUAUUAAACAAAAAAACCCUGAAAGGUUCUUGUUCACAUCUUGAGGCUAGGGUUGAAAUUCCCCCUUGCAGUAAUCUAAUAAAAAUGCAUUAAGUUUAGCGGUGGGAACUUUGGAAAGGUUUUUCUUAACCUCUUGAUGUCAGGAAUCCUCAUUAAAAUGUGCUAAUGUAGAUAUGAAAGCUUGGAGGAGGCCCGUGUCAAGGGAUAAAAUACCACAGCUGUGAAUAACACAGCUUGGUGCUUGUUCAAAUCACAGAGAAAGUGGAGGUACUGUACAUUCUUAUAUCUUUAUAAGAUAUAAAAAUCACCUGAAGGCUAGUUUGUGCAAUGCUUGAAUACCUCAGGUACAGCUGAAGGCAACAGGCUUAAUGCUUCUUCUUCUUUAAUGGCCAGUAUAUUUGGUCCAGUGAAGAAGAUGAUUAUGGUGUGAAGGAAACCAAGGCUUGAAAUUGGAAGCUUCAUUUUCUUUUUGGUGGGUGGGCUUUAUCCUCAGUGGCUACCCAGAACUGUCCUCGCUCAGAUCCUUCUUCACAUGCAGAUGGGGGAAAGAGGCAGGUAAUGUCAGCUGUUGUGAUUGACAGGCAAUUGAAGGUCACUGGAUUGGCCAGGAAUGGUGUAAAAUCUCGGAACUUGGCCUAUACUAUACUAUACUAUACUAUACUAGUAUAAACUAUUUGUAAUAAAGCAAGCAAAUAUUUCUAUUUCCAGUAUUAACAUUAAUAAUAUUAAUUCACUUUAUUUGUUGCCUAAAAGAAAAUGUCUAUGGGCAACUUACUGUACAUACACAACUGAAAACAACCAUCAAGUUUAAUAAUAAAAUAACAAUAACCCUAAAAAUAUAUAGCACAGAAAUGAUGAUAACCGUACUGGCCAUAAUGCCAUAAUUCCCUCAAGCACCUGGGAGAGAAUGUGCAUUCAGGACGCUUCCUGUUAUCUCCACCUGACCUUGACAUAACAUUCUCAGCAGUGCUGUUGAAUAUCUAAUUCUAAUACUAUUAGCCAGACCUAUCUGAAUGCUUAGAACUGAUUCAAGAAGCUAGGAUUGGGGUUUUUUGUUAGGGUGGAGACUCUUUUCAAGUAUGCAUUAUGACAUGUUCCAUAAGAGAACAUACCCCAAAGAGUUCAGCUCCAUGAAAGCUUUUGUGAAUUCCUAAGCUGUCCAUCAAGACUCUGAAGACAGCUCUAGCGGCCUGGCAAUGGCAGUGAUGUGUGUGGAAAUGUAUUACUUCAUUUUGUUACCUGCAUAGAAAACAUGAUGUAUUGAUUCAUUCUAAAUUGUUUUGGGUCCAAGGUGUUUGGAGCCUGUAAAAGUUAUGAAUUAAGGUCCCUAAAAUAUAAGCGCUUAAUAUGAAAGAAAUUCUCAGACAAUGUAGGGACUAUUAGUCGGGAACAAUAAAUCUUGUCAAGCCCAAGGUAUUUCCAUGGCUGUAAAAAAUGAAGGUCACAUGAUAGCGCUGUUCAGGGAAAGAUGUAAGACAUUCACAAAGAUUGAUUAGGGUGUGAAUUUUACACCAAUAUCGUUUUGAGAAUCUUAUGUACUUAUGGAGCUUCCAGCCCUAACUCCAUUUUGUCUUUAAUGACACUAAAUUACUUUGGUGCCAUUUGAUAAUUACAUUAAUCUCUUCCUUUCUAAGGCUGUUUCCAAUUAGAUAAAUUCUCCAUAUAGUUUGUGUAUGUGCACAUGUGUGCGUGAGUAGAUGUUUGUAUGAAAAAUGCUUUCUAAACAUGAAGGUGCUCCAUAAAACACUUACAUUGAAAUGUUUUGAUUUCAGCUGAUUUGUGGACUGAUUUUGGAUUUCCCCAUGUUAGUUAAUACAUUCUUGGGACAUGCUGAUCACAUAUCUAGUGCAAUUAUACAAAACAUCACAGAAAAAUUGAGAGUAUAAAGAUUUUUUAAAACUGCUUUUGUAGGCAACAAAACUUUGAUUAAGUUGGUCAACCAGCAGAACCUAUUACUCAAUUUAAUUGAUUAAUGAAAUAAAGUUUUAUCAGAUUAACUGGUUGAAAUGAACUAAAAGGGCACACUUAUUUAUACCUGAAGGAGCGUCUCCACCCCCAUUGUUCUGCCCGGACGCUGAGGUCCAGCGCCGAGGGCCUUCUGGCGGUUCCCUCAUUGUGAGAAGUAAAGCUACAGGGAACCAGGCAGAGGGCCUUCUCGGUAGUGAACCCGCCCUGUGGAACGCCCUCCCAUCAGUUGUCAAAGCGAUAAACAACUACCUGACAUUCAGAAGACAUCUUAAGGCAGCCCUGUUCAGGGAAGUUUUUAACGUGUGAUAUUUUAGUGUAUUUUUGGUUUCUAUGGAAGCCGCCCAGAGUGGCUGGGGAUACCCAGCCAGAUGGGCGGGGUACAAAUAAUAAUAAUAAUAAUAAUAAUAAUAAUUUUGAAUCUAUUCUGGGCGUGGCAUUAACUGUGUAUUCAAUGAAGUGCUUGCUAGGCAAACCCAUUGGUGGCUGGCCAUAGAAUCAUAGAGUUGAAAGGACCCAUGUGGGUUAUCCAGUCCAACCCCUUGCAGUGCAGUGGGGAUUCCUGUCCUAACCUUUAGGCGGUGGGAGGCAUGGCCGUUUAGUACUGGGGUAGCCAAAGAGGUGGCAGAUGUUAUAGGCUCCAAAUCCCAUCAACUCCAGCCAGCAUUGUCAAUGGUCAAGGAUGAUGGGAGCUGUAGUCAGGGCCAGCCUGAAACAUUUUGCCAGCAGAGGCGAACCACAAAAUGAUGCCCUCUCCCCGCCAGGGAAGAAAAGGUAAGUGAAGAUCUACAGUAGGAUCUGCUGCCCCUGUGGAUCCUGUCUCCUGAGGUGGUCACCUCACCUUGUGUCAUGAGUGGGCUGGCCCUAGUUGUAGUCCAGUAAUAUUUGGAGGGCCCCAUAUUGGCUACCGUACCUUUGGUUUAGUGGACAAUUGCUCCUGCUGACAUCAGCAGCCCGUAUGUCUGGCAGCACAAAUAUGAAUUUGCCAGAUUCUGGCUGGAGCAACCACAAUCUCAGCACAACCAAUUAUCCACCUAAACCAUUUCUUUAGUCAGCCUACUAAUAGUUGCUGACUGGAGCCUCAUGGCAUCCAAAAGUGAGGGUAGGUAUUCCCUUUCCACCUUUAUUGUCAUUCAGCUGAUGGCAGUGGUUUUGCCUGGCAAAGCUACUGCUGGCUGUUAGUAGAACACAAUAAUUAAACUUUUUGCCUUAUGAAACUCUGUAGAUACUGAUUUGUCUGGUGAGGAACCAUUAUUCACCUGCUGCAGAAAACCUCUAUGUUUUGGAUGUUUUCAUGGUAUAUUGCAGUGUCCAUUGGGCCUCUGUUGGGACUCACUAUUAGGUCCUCUUUAUUGAGUAAGCUCUAGAAAAAAAAUCCAGGCUCAUGAUCUUUCGAAAUCAGGGAUUAUUUUAUGCAAAGAAAUGUGAUUUUCUUAGAUGUUUGUAUUGUUAUAAGAAUUCUUCUGCUAAAGCCAAUGCAGAUAAAGUCUAUUAUUAUUAUUAUUAUUAUUAUUAUUAUUAUUAUUAUUAUUACUACUACUACUAUACUACCCACAUUGCAGAAAGCAAGUCUGUGGCUGAGACAGUAUGGGCUACACUACUGUACAACAACCUUGAAGUGUAGUUCAGUGUUGCUAACUUAGCAUUAGAUGGUUGGCAUUGAUUUUUAGGGUAAUGCGGUGAAGUUGAUUGCAGACACACUGCAAUUAAUUAAGGGCUCGGGGAGCUGAAGGGAAAGAAGUGAGGCUUUCAUCACGGGGUACAAAGAUGCUAGUUCCACCUGUAGAUUUUGAUUUGAUAGCAUGGUGGAACACAACAGAACAUCACAAAUACAGCAUAAAACAAAUAGAAUAAGUAAGAAAUCAUCAGUAAAACAAUUGCAAUCUAUAAAACAGUGUUAACAAAUCAGCAGCUAGAAAAUAAGCUGUACAUCACAAUAAAAGCAAAAAUGGUAUUGUAUGAUGAACAAGUCAAUACAGCAUUUAUAAUCUAUAAGACAGUAUGAAUGAUAUUAACAAAAUAGCAAACAAAAGAUAAACUAAGUGAUGUUAAGUUCACACACACACUCUCUACUCCCUCAGGACUCCUAAGCUUUCCUUGUUCAGAUAAACAGCAGGUCUACCCACUGAGACCUAUAGACUUGAAAUGCAAGUGUCUCAAGACUCUACCCAGGCCUCAUCACUGUUCAGUCAUCAGAUCUACCAGAAAUAGUAGACUUGUUAUCUGAUGCCACUUAUGUUUGUUUAUUUGGAGUAUUUACUUUGCCCUUCCACCCCAGAGAAAUUCCAGGGAACGCCCAUGAAUACCAGUCCAUACCGCUUUGCUGACAGGAUCAAAACCAUAACGAAGGUGGGUCUGUAGAAUAAUUGCAACCCAAAGACUCCACCAGUGUGUGUUCAUCUUAAAUAAUAACAUUCCAGAUCGCUGUGUGUAAGCGAGUCUGUUAGCUUGAAUCACUUCCCUGGUGAGAGCAUCAAAAAACUGAGAGAUACAUGAAGGUUUUGGGGAACCUAUGACUUUCUCACCUAGGGCAGAGCCUACCAGCAGCAGUAAGGAAAAUGCUCUUUUAGGGACAGAGAUGCUUGAGAUGUGCAAAUGCACUUAUGGAUCUUCACCCUUCCUAAAAGCAGCUGCGGGGAGCUCUGGUUCAGAUCACUCUUGCAAGGUGCUAUUAGCUAUACAGGGGAAAGCAUGCAGGCACUUUCGGUACCUAUAUGUUUUCCUCGCUUAGAUGAUAUUAGCUGAUCUGGAAGGCGUUUGUACUGGAGAACUGGGAUGGGGAGGAGCAGCAGUUUGACUCCCCAGUGCUUUGGAGCUGAAGCUAACCUCCUUCCACUGCAGAAGAAGAAGAAGAAAAUGGUGAUGCUUUUGUGCUUCUCUGAUGUCACAUCUAGUUUGGCCCUUAAUGGAGAAUGAAAGGCAGCUGUGACAAUGAGCAUCCAGCAGACUAAUCCUCUCGCUCUUCCCAGUGCCAUGUUUGAAGAUGCUGAGCACCGACUGCCAAAAUGGCCCAUGUUGCAGAUCUCCAAACAGCUACAGCUGCUCCCUUGAAGGCUGACGGACAGCUGGAAAAGACCUUGGGCGCUCACAAGAAAGAAAAGUGAGAACACAGAACACUAGGGGCAAGAAAGACACAUGAGAGGGGAAGAACACACCCAUCUACCCACAUGCAUAACAUCUUUAUAUCCACAUUUCCAAAGACACCUUGUGGGCAUCUUGCUAGCAGUUAACUAUUUACUGCUUUUUACCUUUUAGAAUUUAUGUAAAUAUAGAUAGAGUCAACCUAGCAGUUUGAAAGCAGGUAAAAAAAAAAAGCCAACCUAGCAGUUCGAAAGCACAUCAAAGUGCAAGUAGAUAGAUAGGUACCACUCCAGCGGGAAGGUAAACGGCAUUUUCGUGCGCUGCUCUGGUUCACCAGAAGCGGCUUAGUCAUGCUGGCCACAUGACCCAGAAGCUGUAUGUUGGCUCCCUCGGCCAAUAAAGCAAGAUGAGCGCCGCAACCCCAGAGUUGGCCACGACUGGACCUAAUGGUCAGGGGUCCCUUUACCUUUAGAUAGAGUCAACUAACACAGUCCUUCUAUAGCAGCAAGUAAAGUCUCUUGGUAGAUAUGUGAAAACUGGACUAUUAAUAAAAUUACCAGGCAUUUUAGCACUGAGAAUAAAACCAAGCCCCAUUCAGCAAUUGAUUGACACAUCUGCUUGCAAUUCUGGGCUGUUCACUUCCUGUAUAGUUAAUAUUAGAUUCAGUACCAUCAGCCUCUGGAAAAACCUGAAGCUAGAUAGAGCAUGCCUGUUGAUUUCUAACAAUAACAGAGAUUUUAGUAGAUUAUCUGCAGAAAUAAUGGGGAGUAUUUUUGUGUGCAAGAAAACAAAAUCUUUGUUGUUUCUUCAGGGAAAAAUUGCUUGCAGCAGCAACUUAUUUUCCUGAAUCAUUCUCAUUAUCAAACGUUAUUUAUACUUUUUGCCUUGCUGUGUGAGCUCAUGAUAGGACUAUUUAUAUCGACCACAUUUACUUUUAUUCAAAUUGAUUGCACAGCCUUUUUCACUGUCUCACUUUCUUUUAUUAUAAUAGAAUAUCUGCAAAUCAAUGGGAAGCUGUUAAAUUAAAAUGCUGUACCCCUAGAGGACAUUUAGAGACCAAAGAAAAUAUUGCAUUCAAAGGAAAAUAUUAGUCUUUGCUGUAUUGCUAACGCUUGCAAUCUUUAGUCUUCUGUUGGAGAGACAGCCUGAAUAGUACCACUUGCUUCUGGAAAUAAAAGCCACAUGAUGACAUUAAACAUCACAGAAAGCCUGGAUUUUCUCAUUUGCAAAACUCUAUUUUUGCAUGUUUGAACUCCUGGCAAAUAUAAUAUUAAUCCACAAAAAUGUGGGAGUUCCUUGGCAUCAAUAAUUUCAAAUGACAAACUAGGUAUUGAUGACAAAUUGGGUUCCUUGUUACAGUUUAGGCCUCUGCAGAAUAUAAUGAACAAAUCUGAAAGAAGUCCAUUAGCUAUGAAUGGCACCUUGCCAGGGAUUCAUUGAACUCUCUGGUUUUACUGCUUGGCUGGGAGUGCAAAAAUGAGCAAUGGGAGUGAAGCAACUGGUAAAACAACAUUGCCACAACCCAGUUAAGGCUGUAACCCUGUGCACACUUUCUUGAGAGCCAGCUGGUUGAAUCCAAUAGGACUUACUUUAGAAUGGCCAUAGAAUCAUAGAAUUGUUAGAGUUGGAAGGGACCCUGAAGAUCAUCAAAUCCAACCCCCUGCAAUGCAAGAAUCUGCAGCUGCCCCAUAUGGGGAUCUAACCUGCAACCUUGUCAUUAUCAGCACCAUGCUCUAACCAACUGAGCUAUUGGUGGCCAUGCAUAGGAUUGCGCUCUAACAUGAAUUGGUUGGAUUUAAGGAAAUUCAUCCCUGUGGUGGUGGUGAUUCAUCUGCCCGAACAUUGUAAUAUGAAUAGCUUAUGUUGUAAUGGGUGGAAUAGCUCUCACCUACAGGACUGUAAAAUCUCACAAUUGUUCCAAGAAAUCCACACAGUUAUUCCAUACCUAGGGCUAUCUUGGACUUGGUUUUGUAAAUGGUUUGACACAGGGGAAGCCAGCUGAUGUAUUCUUGUGAGGAGCACCUUGUUCUCCAUUUAGAAAAGUAUUUUGCCACACUCAGGA